AUGACGUCUUCUUUGCGGAUGCUUGCGUACGGUGCUGCGGCAGAUCAAUGUGCUGAGUAUUGUCGGAUGGCAAAGUCCACCUCCAUCGAGUGCCUCCAAAGAUUUACAAGAAGAAUCGUUGCUCUUUACUCAGCAGAGUACCUUCGAGUUCCUACUCUGGCUUAUCUUAAAAGACUUCUUGCUAAAGGUGAAAGACGAGGCUUUCCAGGGAUGAUUGGGAACAUCGACUGUGGGGCGACUUUCGUGAAGACCAUUCCAAACCCCACACGACCCAAGAAAAUUACAUUUACCAAGGCUCAAAAGGGAUACAGGAAAGAUGUUGAGAGGUGUUUUGGUAUUUUACAAGCACGCUUCGGUAUUGUUAGAGGAGCUACUCGGGGGUGGGAUAAAGAGGAUCUCCGAUAUAUCAUGUUGGCUUGUAUUAUCUUACACAACAUGAUAGUUGAGGACAAACGCCCUGAAGAUACUGAUGAUGAUUUAGAGUCUGACGAAGAAGAGGACAACAAUACGAGGCCAAGGAUAGCUGAAGUUUGGGAUGGACCUACCGGGCAAGAUUUUGAGGAAGUUGGUAGAGAUGCUCAUACUUUUGAAGGUUUCAUGGAGUGCCCCCUUCCGUUUUCGAUGAACAAUCACAUCCUCACUCUUCUCUACUUCCUCUCUCUUCUGGCGGCCUCCGCCUUCUCCGCCACCGACUCCGAGCUCCGAUCUCUCUACGAGUUCAAGAAAGGGAUCCAGACCGACCCGCUCCGGAAGGUUCUGGACACAUGGACCGACUCUUCACUCACUCUUUCUCAGUCUUGCCCUCCGUGGACCGGCGUCUACUGCAACGACGCCGGCAAUGUCGUCGCCGUCACACUCGACGGCUUCGGCCUCGGCGGCGAGCUUAAGCUGAACACUCUCACUGGUCUAAAUGCGUUGCAGAAUCUCAGUCUUGCUAACAAUGACUUCUCCGGUCGGGUCCCGCCGGGGCUGGGAGCAAUGUCCUCUCUCAAGUACUUGGAUCUAUCCCAGAACCGGUUUUACGGCCCGAUCCCGGCCCGGAUAACCGACCUGUGGGGAUUGAAUUAUCUCAACUUGUCUCGGAAUCUAUUCAAAGGCGGGUUUCCGGGUCGGGUGUCGAAUCUGAAUCAGCUCAAGGUGUUUGAUGUGCAUUCCAAUCAGCUCUGGGGGGACGUUUCGGAGUUGUUGCAGGAGUUUCGCAAUGUGGAGUAUGUGGAUUUGAGUAACAAUGAGUUUUUCGGAGGGAUUGGGCUUGGUUCGGACAAUGUUUCCAGCUUAUCAAACACUGUGCGUCACUUGAACUUCAGCCAUAAUAAUCUGACUGGCGGAUUCUUUAAGGGUGAUUCCAUUGGUUUGUUUAGGAACUUGCAAGUUUUGGACUUGGGUGGUAAUCAGAUCACAGGGGAGCUUCCUUCGUUUGGGUCGUUGUCGAAUUUGCGAGUUUUGAGGCUGGCUAAUAAUCAGUUGUUUGGGGGAAUACCGGAGGAGUUGCUUGGGAGUUCGAUUCCGAUGGAGGAGUUGGAUCUUAGUGGAAAUGCUUUUACAGGUUCUAUCACUGGAAUUAACUCUACAACUAUGAAAGUCUUGAAUCUUUCAUCAAAUGGUAUGUCGGGCACAUUGCAGAACGUGGAUAUGAGGAGUUGUGUAGUGGUUGACUUGAGCAGAAAUAAGAUUUCAGGUGAUAUAUCAAUGUUGCAGAAAAUGGGUGCUGAUUUAGAGGUUCUUGAUUUGAGUUCAAACAAUUUUUCUGGAAGGUCAUUGCCUUCGAUACUGAAGGCUUGCCCCAGACUCUCUACAGUUGACUUGAGUCAAAAUGAGUUCAGUGGUACCAUUCCUGGCAGUUUCUUCUCUUCACUGACGUUGACAAGGUUGAAUCUUUCACAAAAUCACUUGAAUGGGCCAAUUCCUCUCCAAGGCGGACGUGUAAGUGAAUUCUUAGCUCUUCCUCCAGAUUUGCCAAUUGAGAGUGUCGAUCUCUCCAAUAAUUCUUUAUCGGGUACCCUUCCUCGGGCCAUUGGUAACAUGGUUGAACUCAAAUUGCUAAACGUUGCAAAGAAUCAGUUUUCAGGAGAGCUACCUAGUGAAUUGAGUAAACUUGAUAGAUUGGAGUACCUUGAUUUAUCAGGAAACAAAUUCAAGGGCGCAAUUCCUGAGAAGCUUCCAUCCAGCUUAACUGUAUUUAAUGUCUCCAAUAAUGAUCUAUCUGGUUCUAUACCGGAGAAUUUAAAAAGCUUCCCCAUGUCUUCAUUUCAUCCUGGAAACGAGUUGCUAAACUUGCCAAAUAAUGGUCGGGGAAGACCUUCAGUUCCAGAUCAUAUUCCGGGACAAGGAAAAAGUCAUACUUCAAAGGCUCAUAUUAGGAUAGCAAUCAUUGUUGCUUCAGUUGGAGUUACUUUGAUGAUAGUUUUUGUUUUAUUGGUUUAUCAUCAAACACACCAUAAAGGAUUUCAUGGAAGAAGUGGGUUUGGUGGUGAAAAUACAGGGACAGAUGUUAAGAUUGGCAGAUUCACACGUCCUUCAUUUUUGAAUUUCCAUACGAACGUUCAGCCUCCACCAACUUCAUUGAGCUUUUCAAAUGAUCACUUGCUAACUUCACAAUCCAGGUCAUUGUCAGGGCAGGCAGAGUUUGUACCAGAAAUUGGGAAGCCUGUCUUACCUGGGGAAGCAGCAACAAGUUCUACACCUAUGAAUCUUCUUGAUAACCAGCCUACAACAUCUGGAAGGAAGUCCUCCCCUGGUUCUCCACUAUCUUCCUCACCUCGUUUUAUAGAGGCAUAUGAGCAGCCUGUAAUACUGGAUGUGUACUCACCAGAUCGGUUGGCUGGAGAACUGUUCUUCCUAGAUGCUUCAUUACAAUUUACAGCUGAGGAAUUAUCUCGAGCUCCUGCAGAAGUUCUAGGCAGAAGCAGCCAUGGAACUCUGUACAAAGCUACUUUAGAUAGUGGGCAUAUGUUGACUGUGAAAUGGUUACGGGUCGGGCUGGUCAAGCACAAGAAAGAUUUUGCCAAGGAAGUCAAAAGGAUUGGCUCUGUAAGGCAUCCAAACAUUGUUCCUUUACGGGCAUACUAUUGGGGGCCUAGGGAACAAGAGAGGCUUCUUUUAGCAGACUAUGUCCAGGGAGAUAGCUUGGCCCUACAUCUUUAUGAGAGCACACCUCGGAGGUACUCCCCAUUAUCAUUCAACCAAAGGCUAAAAGUAGCUGUGGAGGUUGCUCGAUGUUUGCUCUACCUACAUGAUAGAGGCCUGCCCCAUGGGAACCUAAAGCCAACUAAUGUAAUUCUGGCAGGUCCUGAGUACCAUCCUCGCCUUACUGAUUACAGUCUUCACCGUCUAAUGACACCAGCUGGUGUUGCAGAGCAGUUUUUAAAUAUGGGAGCUCUUGGUUACCGUGCUCCAGAAUUUGCUACUGCGGCCAAACCAGUCCCUUCUUUCAAAGCUGAUGUUUAUUCGUUUGGGGUGAUUUUGAUGGAAAUGUUAACCAGAAGGAGUGCCGGUGACAUUAUAUCGGGUCAGUCAGGGGCGGUUGAUCUCACAGACUGGGUUCGGCUUUGUGAUCAAGAAGGACGAGGAAUGGAUUGUAUCGACAGAGACAUUGCUGGUGGGGAAGAACCCUCAAAAGCAAUGGAUGAAUUGCUUGCAAUAUCACUCAGGUGUAUUCUCCCUGUAAAUGAGAGGCCUAACAUCAGACAAGUAUUUGACAACCUCUGUUCAAUAUCCCUUUAAAAAUUUUGUAAAUGCGUCUUGGAAUUAGGUUUUUUUUUGUUCCUUGACCCAAUUUUUUGUUCAUUAUUAUUAUUUUUUCCUUCUUCAAUUGGUUUCUAGCCUUCUGAUUUGGGGCUAAUUGUCACAUUUUUUUGUGGAAUUUUUUCUUGUAAAGGGAUGACCCAUCCAUUGUCUAGUUGACUGUUUUGAGAUUGAUAUUAAAUUAACAACGAUUGCCCUUCUUUG